AUGUCUUAUUACAAUGAAGCCUUUGAAAAUCCAGACUACCACUUCUCAGAGACACUGGAAAUUGAUAGGAGAAGGAGUUCUCAAAAGAAUCUGUUCCCUCCUCAACCCACUUAUGAUUCUUCAUUGCAUGGUUCCUACAGAGAAGAGGGCAGUGGAAGAGGACAGAAUUACCCUCUGGCCAUACCAAUGGCCUCCAUGAGACACAGCUCUGAGUACAGUGAAGGUUUAGCAAGAGUUAACGUCCGAAGCAGAAGUCCAUAUGGAAAUUCCACAGAUAAUCUUUCCUUUGAGCCUGAGCCAGAGCUGGUAUACAGCCCACAGUCUGCCUUCCAUCAGCUGAAUCAUCCCUCUAACCACAGAAGUUCCAGUGUAUCAGAAGAGGAAAAGUUAGUUGGAGAUCUUGCAAGUAUGUCCACCAGUGAAAGGAUUAAAGCAAUUCAGAAGAUGCCAGAGACCAUGAGAAAAAAGAGAGAGAUAAGGAAUAAAGUUCUUAAAGAAAUAGCAAAAAAAUCAAGGCCUCGCAGGACUCGACUCUCCUGCGGUACACAGUCCCUGCAGGCAACAAGAGUGUCGUUCCGGCGAUUUGGAAACAGCUUGUCAGGAUAUUUUCACCAACUGCAAAUAUUUCACAAGGCUCUGAAGAUCAUUGGUGCUGAGUUUGGAACAAGUGUUCUCUCUUAUUUUAUUUUCCUGAAGUGGUUGCUAACUUUCAACAUCUUCUCGUUCGUCAUAAACUUCAGUUUCAUCACAAUCCCUCAGUUUAUCACAGCAGAACCAAAUAACCUUCCCUUCACGGGUCUGGAGCUGAUCACUGGAGCUGGUUAUUUUCAACAAACAGUACUCUACUAUGGCUUUUACACCAAUGCUACAAUCAGUAAAACAGAGAAUGGUCCAUCUUACAACAUGCAGCUGGCCUAUAUUUUCACCGUUGGAAUAUAUUUUGUCAUUUGUUUUUUUAUCUUGUUGUUCAGCAUGGCAAAAUCCUUCAUCAGGAACUUGACUAACCCCCAGACAUACCAUGGGAACGCUAGCAAACUUCUCUGCGCUUGGGACUUCAACAUAACUAACGACAGGGCCGUGAAGCUGAAACAAAAGAAUCUCAGCACACAAAUAAAGGAGGACCUCAUGGAAGUAAACCGAGAAGUUAUAAAUUUUUCUGUAAAAGAGAGAGUUGUUCGUAUCGUUAUUCAUCUUGCUUCUUGGGUUGCCUCCCUGGGAACAGCAGUGAUUGCUUGUACUGGUGUUUAUUUCCUCUCCAUAAAUAACCUAAAGCUGUUUGUGAAAGGGCAUACAAAUAACCUAGAGAGCCAAGCUGCCAUGUUGGUGCUGCCUGUUGUUGCAUCUCUCCUCAACGCAUUCAUCCCAUUCUUCUACUCAUGGCUUGGACACCUGGAGAGAUUUGGAACUCCUGGGCAUCACAUAUAUGUCACUAUUAUCAGAAAUAUUAUCCUGAAAAUAUCAGUCGUUGGAAUCCUGUGCUACUACUGGCUGACUGUUGUGGCUGCGUCAGAGUCACAGUGCUGGGAAACUCUGGUUGGCCAAGACAUCUAUCGCCUUGUUCUGGUUGACUUCAUAUUUUGUUUGCUUGGCUCUUUCUUUGGAGAGUUUUUGCACAGGAUUAUUGGAACUGCAGUCUAUGAGAGCCUGGGGCAACCAGAGUUUGAUAUCGGACGAAAUGUUUUAGAUUUGAUCUAUGCACAAACUUUGACCUGGAUCGGUAUCCUUUUCUCACCUCUGCUGCCUGCCAUUCAGAUGAUAGCAUUUUCUAUAGUAUUUUAUGUCAAAAAGGUCAGCCUGAUGAUGAAUUGCCAACCCCCUCGAAAAGUCUGGAGAACUGCUCAAAUGACAACAUCCUUCAUAUUCCUGUUGUUUUUCCCUUCCUUCCUUGGUGUGCUGUCUGUCAUUGGAGUCACUGUCUGGAGGUUAAAACCUUCAGAAGAAUGUGGUCCUUUCAGAGGUUUGUCUUCUAUGUAUGCUGCAGUCUCUGAGUGGAUAAAAAUACUGGAAAACCUCACUGACUCAAAAUGGGUAGCAUGGAUCUACCAUAACUUAAUUACAAGUGAACUGUUCUUCUUUGUCCUCUCCACAAUUGCCUUAAUUAUUACUUACAUUUACUGGCAAAUAAUAGAAGGAAGAAAGACCAUGACCAAACUCCUAAAGAAGCAAAUUUGUAAUGAAGGAAAAGAUAAAAUGUUUUUACUCCGAAAACUACGAACACUGCAAAGGGCAAACCAAAACCCAUUUAUGGCAAGAGGACAAGACCAGCAGUAUCCCUAUCCUGCUGGGAUCCGGAGGGGGUCUGACUUCCCACUAGCUCCCAGCAGCAAGCCAGGCAUGUCUGAAGCCAUGGUGCUCGCUCUGCAGGCUCGAGAAGCAGCGCAGUGGGAAGACGAAGAUGACAACAAAUAUUUUUGA